AUGCUGGCGGCACUUGUUCUUUCGACAUUCCUUCUUGUCAAUGUCAACCCUCAAGGGAUUCUCAUUGGAUGUGAAGUGCUUUCCGCGUGUCAGGGUGACACGAGCUGCGUCGAAACAAUCGUUUACCGGCUGAAUCUCGAGUACUGCUUACCUAACUACAAAGUCUCAGCAGAGAAGAGAGCUAUCUCAAUCGAGUUUGAAUAUUCAACGAAAGAUUCUGGAUCCGCUUUACUGGUUUCGCUUUGCCGUUCGAGACAAGUGGACACUAGAGGAAAUUGGUGGAGUUGGCAUCCUCAUCAACACGAGUAUGACAAUGAAUAUCGACGCUCUCGAACAGUUGAUGACCCAAAUCGGACAUUUGGGGAGGAGAAGAUGUGGAUCAAUACCAACAUCGACUAUCUUCAACGCUUACGCUCCAACAUCAACCAUCAAUCAAAUAAGAAGGGGAAGCUUUCUAUGUAUAUGGAUCUGGAGGAUUUCCAGAGAGAAAAUUACGAACUCUACAAGGCAAUAGCCGGCGAUUUCAAUGGAAAAAGUGACCCCAGAAGAACGCCUGAAGAACUUGAUAUCUGA